AUGAAGAUGAAGGACGAAGUUAAGAUGGAGGUAAAGAUGGGGGAAGUGAAGAUGAAGGAGGAGGUGAAAAUGGGAGUGAAGUCAGUGGCAGAGCAGGAGCACCUGCCCAAGUGUGGAUGCCCUUCCAGCAGCUUCUCUCCUCCUGGGGCACCCCCUUAUCCCUCCUCCUUGAGAGAGAAGUUCUGGUCCCUAGGGGACGGUUUUUGGCCGCGAACCCGGGAGGGCGGCGGGCCCAGGAGGAGGGCUUGGGUCCCGGGCGCCCCAGCUGGGUGGCGGUGGCGCGGCGGUCCCUCCCCCACGGCCCCAUCCCCCUCCCCCGUCUCCUCCGCCCCAUCCUCCUCCGGUCCUCGGCUGCCGCGGCUAGAGGAGCAGCCCGCGGCGCAGCGACCGCGCAGCCUUUGUCUCGGGGCCGCCGGGCGGCGGGCCCAGCGCAGGCAGGCCAGGCGAGGACGCAGGAGGCAGCGAUAUCAGGGAGUGAUGAAGGAACAGGAGAGGAGCAGGCUGGCGUCACCAUCACCACCACCACCAUCAUCACCAUCAUCGUCGCUGACCAUCGUCCAUACUAGCACCCCCCCCCGUAUAAUGCCAACUUCAUCAGAUUAUUUCCUUUUCAUGGGUAAUAUGAAAAUGCGACAGACUGACUCAAAUUAAGAAUAAGUACAUCCUCAGGGGCGUUCAGUCAUCCCUCCAUUGCCAGUUAGCCACCUCCGUUUUCCCGUCAGGAAAAGGGGCACAGUCAGACCCGGAGGGCUGGGAUGCCUUCUGUUUUUCUAGUUCAGGUACUGAAAAAGUUUUAUAAAUGAAAAAAGAAAUUUCCCCCUCACUUGGAAAUAACGAUGAUGAUGCUAAAGUAAUAUUUUUACUAAAUUAGAUAAUCAUGAGUUUAAAAUUUUUCUCUUCUUUGAUUUUUGAGUGAAAACAUCAGUAGCAAAGGGAGACAUAAGGAAAAUAAAACUUUCCUAAAAUAGCACCAAGAAUAGAGGCAGAAGAAGCCUUCUGCAGAAAAAUCACCCAAGUGGGCUGAAGGCUUUCAUUGGAAGAAGAGAAAGUGCCCUGUUAGUGGUUAGUGUCACUAGAUCUCAUUAGUUUGGAUGCAUAGCGUGUCCCUUGGGUGUUUGUCACCCUCCUGAAGAAUGUCUUAAUUGCUGUGUCUCAAAACUGACCUUUACCUGAUCCAGAGCCAGUGGGACUAUUAGGAAGGCCAGGAAAGCAGAGGGACUUUCUCAUCAAAAUAACUUCCAGAAAACAGAUACCCAAGUCCCCAGUGUUUCUGCCUACUGGUCAGAAAUGAACCUUGGACGUUCACAUUCUGAGUUGUAGUCUGAGACAGACAACUAGACAAUUCUACCUUUCCUGAUGUGCUUGGGAAAAGGUCUUGCCUCAAAGUCAGGAGAACACUCUCCUUUUCCUUAGGGCAGUGGUAGGUUCUCCCUGUGUCCCGGCCCUGCAAUUCAGAAAGAAGGAAGUGGUGCUAGCAAGCACAGUGUGGGCCCCCCAGAGCAGCUCUUGCCAUUACCACAGUUUAAGAUUCCUCAAACAUUGAAAUAGAACUCUACUUCAUUAACGCAAUUUGGAAAUGGGGUUUUUAAAUAAUAUAUGCGGUUUGUAGCGAAUGGCUUUGAUGACAUUUCCUUCCUUAAAAAUAUUUCAGGGCUUCAAAUUUAAGGAAGGCAUCACCGCUCUAAAACAGUCACAUUUCCAGAACAAAACGUUAAGAAUUCCUUCACCAUGUUUUUAGUUCUGGACCUUUGGGAAAUAAUUAGCUGCAUAAGGAAGAUUUAUGCCUUUGGUUGUUCCCGAGUUCUCUUGUUAUAUCCGGCAUGAAUUGUUCAGCCCAUAGGAGUAUUUAUACCUCGUAUGAAUUACACUGUAGUAUUAAGGUAACUUCCUUUUAUUGAUGAUAAAAGCUAUGAUUUACACACUUAAGAUGCACAACUCUUCAGGGUUGUACUGCUUGAUGGAUCUCUGCCUCUGUGAAUCCCCAGGAAACCUCCACCCAGAGCAAGAGACAGAAAAUCACCCUGGUCCCAGAGGGUCGGUCCCCUUAUGCCCCUUCCCACAUAUAACCACUCCUUAGGCUAUUCUCAACAUAGAAAAAUAUUUUAUUUUUUUGUUAUUAUUUUCUUUUGUUGGGGUUUUUUUUUUUUCGCCACCCUGUGGCAUCAGAUCUGAGCCACCAUUGCGACGUAUGCCACAGCUG